UGACAUAGGCUGCUUUAUGUCUCUUCCUGACCCCCCACGUCUCUAAAAUGGCGGGUGCAAUUUUGUAUGGAGCAUUCUUUAAUUUUCGAAUUUAACGCGAGCGAAGCCGUGGGCUAAAGCUAGUAUGUACUUACAUAUUUUGAUGCCUAUCGGAAAUGCUCAAACAAAUUGGUAAACGACAACGUACAAAAUUCCCAUCUGGAUCCUGCACUACGUACAUGAGACACACUAGGCGUAUCUUGUUUGACUAAACUCUGCUUAUCUGUAUUAUCGUGCAAGCAUCGCUUAGGUACAGUAGUGUGAUUAGAACGGCUAAAUAUAAACAAGAAAAUGGCCGACUUCAUAGAGGUCGCUAUGAUAGUCUUCGAGCUGAUAUGGACGCUGAUCAAGAUGACCGUGGAAAACAUUCGCUGCAUCAUCCGGACCUUCGUGCCUCCAGAACCUAAGGACAUUCAUGGGGAAAUUACUCUUAUCACCGGCGCCGGUCACGGGAUGGGCCGAGAGAUGGCGCUACGCUUCGCCAAGCUAGGCGCCAUUGUAGUGUGCGUGGAUAUCAACGCCAAGGGCAAUGAGGAGACUGUUCAGGCAAUCAAGGAUAAUGGAGGAAAAGCGCACAGAUACGAAUGUGACGUAACAGAUCGCGCCGCAGUCUUCAGCCUGGCCGAGAGGGUCACCAAAGAGGUCGGAGAGGUGACCAUUCUCGUGAACAACGCUGGAAUCAUGCCCAGCAAGCCCAUCCUGGAGUGGACGGAGCAGAAGAUUCGGUCCACUAUCGAUGUUAACAUCACUACUAACCUAUGGAUGAUCCAAGCCUUCCUGCCAGCGAUGAAGAAGCGCAACCACGGCCAUAUAGUGGCCAUGUCGUCCAUGGCCGGGCUCAUCGGAAUCAAGAACCUGGUCCCGUAUUGCGGGACCAAGUUCGCCGUUCGAGGGAUCAUGGAGGCUUUGGAGAAUGAGCUACAUGACGAGAGUGAAGGCAAGAGCAAUAUUAAAUUCACCACCAUCUGCCCCUACAUGGUGAACACGGGUCUAUGCAAGAACACCAGCAUCCGCUUCCAGAGCCUGAUGAAGAUGAUGGAGCCAGGAGAAGCUGCUGACAUGAUCAUCGACGCUGUACGAAAGAAUGUGUAUGAAGUCACGUUACCUCACAGCAUGCAUUAUGGUAAUCGGUUCCUUGGCCGCCUGAUUUCGCCAUCGGCUGCCAGAAUUACACACAAAUUCUUCGGCGUUACCGUGGAACCUCACGACUGAUUGAUUAUAUUUUAUAUUUUUACUGUAAUAUAUGAUACCUAUUGAAAUAAAGUGUUUUUUAUGUUAUGGAAUUUAUUCCAAUUUAA